UCCCGAAAAAAUCCUGGUUACGGUCCCAGUGAGGUAUCUUGUAACUAGAUCCGACAUAAAAUUUUUAUUUAAACUUUUCAAGGCAGAUUAUAAAAACCGAUUUAAACCUCUACCUAUAAACGAAACUGUGAGAAGACUUUGCAAUUGUGAGCCAACAUCUUUAGACUUGUACAUUUCAAAGAAGGAUAAACUGGAUUUGUUAGAUGAAGGGCUAGAAUCUGGAAAUUGGGACGUUGUUGUUACGAUCAUCCAGUUUAUUAAACGAACUUUGGACAACCCCAUUUUCCGUUCAAUUUUGAUGGAGAGACCCGAGGCUGCUCAAUAUUAUGUUACCUAUUUAAAGGAAUCUGGCGAUCAACAAGAAUUGUUAUACACGCUAUAUGGACUUGGUCGUAUUGUCGAAGCAACCAUGGAAGAAUUUAAAAUUGCCUGUCACCACAAAGACCCAAAAAAGAAAUUGGAUGCACUUAGACAUUGUCUCCACGACGGUUUUCACCAUCCAGAUUUGACAAAUGAACGUAAAUUUUUGGAGGAAUGGAUUUGUUUGUUGGAAACGCAUACUUGUGGUACAAAAUGACGUGCAUAAUUUUUUGAAAAUUUUUUUUGGCUGUUUUUAAGGUUUUUUUUUUCAAUUUUUUAUUUUUUAUUAGGGAUGGGCCGGGUCGUAAGGGCGUAGCCAGGGGUUUGAUUUCAGUGGGGUAAAUUUUGAAUUUGGGAGGUCGUAAGCUGGGGAGGGGCUCUUGGUUCUCCAUUCCCGCUGGAUACGUCCUUGAUCGUGUUACCUAUAGACUCAAACGCUGAACUUUUUCCCCUAAAUCUCCACAUGAAAAAGGAUUUGGAGGAGUAAUAGGGAUAUCCGGGGAUGUGGGGAUUAAGAGGAAUAUUAAGGGAUGGGGACUUGUCUACCUCUACAAUCCUCUAUUAUCUCUGCAAACACUUCUUAACCAGUGUUUGGCAUUAAAUUUGUAGGAUAGUUGGAAAUCAUCGGGUAUUCGGAUCCAAGACACGUACCAAAAUUCCCGGAUAUCCAGCCUUUUUUCGUACCCGGAUAGGUAUCUGACAACCUUGUUGGGUAUUGGCUCUCACUUGGCUCCGGCUCCGAGGUUUUCAAAAUCUUAGCUCCGCUGAAUUUCGGCUCCGCUAGCUCCGGAGCCAUAACCAUCACUGCUCUCAACUCUUUCAAAUCCCACUUAACCUUCUUGAGAACCUUAAUCCGACCAAAUCUCCAUUACUGAUCCCUUGCCUAAUCCGGAUUUUUUUCGAAACCCCGAGACCGAUUCCAACCCAAAUGUUUUUUUUUAUUACCCGGCCCAGGGUUUUUUAUCGCGUAUGUAUCGAACCCCUUGCUUGAUAUUUCUCCCUCUUUCAUAUCAUUUUUCUUCUUGGUUGACAUCUUUCUUUCCCUUCCAUUUUAUUCUUUAAUCCUAAGAAUUUUUAAAUGUUCCCAUAUGAUUCAUAUCUCUCUUUACACCAACAAACAAAGUUGGG